AUGGCACGCUCGCUAGACUAUGACGCACUUCAAGAGUCGUUUGUGUUCCUUCUCGUGCUCGCCUUCUUCAUCGAACGCUCCCUCGCUGUCGUCUUCGAACUCCGCCUGUGGCGCGGCCCCCUCAGCAAUCCGGGGGUGAAGGAGUUGGUGGCGGUGGCUGUCUCCUACGCCGUGUGUACGUGGGCUGAAUUCGAUGCCUUCGCGACGCUGUUCAACAAGGACUCAGUGUUCCUGAGCAAGGCCCUCAACGCGCUGCUGGUGGCGGGCGGGAGCAAGGGCGCCAUGAAGCUCAUGCAGGACGUGCUGGGCGUGCGUAAGGACGUCAUGGAGAACAACAUCGACCGCCGCAAGAACCGCGUCAACUACGAGGAGAACGUCAACCUCAAGGUCACCAAGACCGAAGAGUAA